GGCGGCGGCGGCGCGCACGGCCCGAGGAAAGCGGCUUGCCUGGAAUCGGCGGCGGCCAUCGAGACCCACCCGAGGCGCGUCUCCCUUGGUCUCCCGGGGCUCCCAGGCCGCAGCGCCCGCGCCCCUUUAGCUCGCUCGCUCGCAUUCCUUCCCUGCGGCCGGCUGCGCCAUGGCGUUGGCGUUGGCGGCGCUGGCGGCGGUGGAGCCGGCCUGCGGCAGCCGGUACCAGCAGUUGCAGAAUGAGGAAGAGCCCGGAGAGCCAGAACAGGCUGUAGGCGACGCCCCUCCACCUUACAGCAGCAUCUCUGCAGAGAGUGCAGCAUAUUUUGACUACAAAGAUGAGUGUGGAUUUCCAAAGCCUCCUUCCUAUAAUGUGGCGACGACGCUGCCCAGCUACGAUGAAGCUGAGAGAACCAAGGCUGAAGCUACUAUCCCCUUGGUUCCUGGAAGAGAUGAGGAUUUUGUGGGUCGAGAUGACUUCGAUGAUGCUGACCAGCUGAGGAUAGGAAAUGAUGGGAUUUUCAUGUUAACUUUUUUCAUGGCAUUCCUCUUCAACUGGAUUGGAUUUUUUCUGUCUUUUUGCCUGACCACCUCAGCUGCAGGAAGAUAUGGGGCCAUUUCAGGAUUUGGUCUCUCUCUAAUUAAGUGGAUCCUGAUUGUCAGGUUUUCCACCUAUUUCCCUGGAUAUUUUGAUGGUCAAUACUGGCUCUGGUGGGUGUUCCUGGUUUUAGGCUUUCUCCUGUUUCUCAGAGGAUUUAUCAAUUAUGCAAAGGUUCGGAAGAUGCCAGAAACUUUCUCAAAUCUCCCCAGGACCAGAGUUCUCUUUAUUUAUUAAAGAUGUUUUCUGGCAAAGGCCUUCCUGCAUUUAUGAAUUCUCUCUGAAGAAGCAGGAGAACACCUGCAGGAAGUGAAUCAAGAUGCAGAACACAGAGGAAUAAUCACCUGCUUUAAAAAAAUAAAAGUACUGUUGAAAAAGAUCAUUUCUCUUUAUUUGUUCCUAGGUGUAAAAUUUUAAUAGUUAAUGCAAAAUUCUGUAAUCAUUGAAUCAUUAGUGGUUAAUGUUUGAAAAAUCUCUCGCAAUCAAGUAUGUGAUGUAUUAAUAAUGCCUUAUCUAUUCUUUGUAGUCAUUUUAAAUAGCAUGAGCCUUGCCCCUGUAGUCAGUAGGGGGCAGUCUUGCUUCAUUCAUCCUCCAUCUCAAAAUGAACUUGGAAUUAAGUAUUUUAGUGUAAGAUAUGUAUAAUGCUGGCCAUUUUAAAGGGGGUUUUCUCAAAAGUUAUAACUUUUGUUUUGACUGCAUUUCUGCACAUAAUCCAUACUCGCUGUUAAAAUUAAUCUAGAAAUUUAUUCACUUGUACUGUGAAGACCUGGAAGCAAAAUCAUAGUGCAAAAUACAUUUAAGGUGUGGUCAAGAAUAUGUUCUUAAUUGGUAAAAAAAUAAGCAUUAAUUUUUUAUAGUCUGUAUUCUAAAUUUUGCAGUCCCUUAUUCUGUGUUAUGAACCUAAAAAAUUGUAAAGUUGUUGUCACUGUAUAAAAUAAAAAGGGCAAGGACAAAUGCAGCUUAUUUACUAAGAUGGAAUUCUUGACACUUUUUGUGUGAUUAGAGUCCCUACCCCCCCUUUUUUCCUUUUUUUAGGUGGGGGGGGUUCUCCUGAUGCUUAGGCUAGGGGCUGGGGUAGGGAGGAGAAUAGGUACUUAGGAGCAAAGAAAGGAUUAGUUUGGAACUUUUGAGAUGAUCCCUAACAUACUGUAGUACUACUUGCUUUUACAAUGUGUUAGCAGAAACCGAUGAGUUAUAAACGUAGAAUGAUGUGCUUUCUGCCAAGUGGUAAUUCACCUUGGUUUGCUAUGUUAAAACUGUAAAUACAACAGAACAUUAAUAAACGUCUCUUGUGUAGCAA